ACAUCCACGAGUGGCUGUGAUGCACAGAGGGGAUACGAGCAGCUCCCGCACAGUCCGGAUAGGAGACACGGUACCGGGAGGUUGUCAAUAUUCCACCGAUCGCAACGGAAAGCGCGUUUGCUGGCGGGAGUUUACCGCUGAGGCGUCGGAUGGAUGAUGAGGAGGAGGACAUGUCACAGCCCAUCUCGCAGCUCUGGGGAUCGUCCUUCCGGGACGUCAAAUACGAAGACCGAGCCACGCCUCUUUCAGCCGGACAGGCCCUGGCUGCCGUCACCGCCGCCGUGCCCACGUCGCGGGGUCACAACAACAACAGCAUCGGCAUCAACACGCUGCCCUGCAGCUUGCACUGGCAGCCGCGCAUACCCUUUCACGGCAGCGCUGGAUUACGUUCACAUUUCCCCGCUCACUUUGAGCCAAUGGAGGACCGGGGAGAGAGACAGCAUGAAGAGGAGGAGGAGCAGGAGAUGGAGGAGGAGGGCAGAGGGGAGGAGGAUGAGAGGAUGGCAGAGAGGGCGGAGGAGCAGGCGGGGUUGAGCGUGGAGGCGCAGAUCGGACGCAAACUUCGGGAGAUCGGAGACCAGUUCCAGCAGGAUCACGUUGAACUGUUCAUGAGGCACCAGAGACAGAACCUGCCCGUCUGGAUGCGGUUCACCGUGGCCCUGUUCGGCUUCCUGUUUCCCAGAGAGCCUCCGGUGCCCCGGCUGAGGGUGGAGCAGAGAUGAGGGGACUUCCUGCUCCGCCCCUCGCCUCGGCCCUUGCUUUCCAAAAAAACAAGGGACCAGACUUUUUAGAGAUGGCACUGUAAGAUGGAACACGGGUUUGGAUUUUGUUUUCUAAUUGAAUAUGAAGACGACAUGAAGACAAAUCGGUCACCGCUGGACGGAGACUGAAGACGAAUUUCUUUUCCUUUUUUCCUUUUUUCGGGGGGGUUGUUUUCUUGUUUUUUCCCGCCUCUCCAAGAAGAAGCCAUUGUGUUUGAAGAGAUAUUUUCGAAAUAUUUGUAAGAUUACCUAUUUUGUACAGUAAACUCCUCUUUUUAUUUGGUAAUUCAAGUCUUGAAGAACCUUCAUCAGUCCAGGGAAUGCCUUAUUCUCUCCUGCCACAGUACAUUUACGCUUUUUGCAUCCAGGACAUCACCUGAUGUGAUCCAUCUUAAAGAUUUGGCCACUUGUUUUUUAUUUUUUGGCGAUACACUGUGGACGUGGACAUUUCUGUGCUGAUGUCACUGACUUUUAACCUUGAGGACUCGGGGCACAUUUUUUUUUAUUUAUUCUCAGAAAAACAAUAAGCCCUCUGCUUAUCCUUUACUGUUCCGCACUGGCUAAUUUGAAAACAUGGUUGUGAUGACAUUGUUGCAGAUUUACACACUUUUGUUGCACUGUUGGUGUUUUAUCAGCUUCCACUGUAGACGUAGGGAAGUUUUAUCAACCUGGCGUCCUCCAUCAGCCUCCGACCACUCGUGUUAGUAGAAGUGGUGUCACGACCCACUGCGUAGAUUUGGAUUUUGUGGAUUUAACCCAUUAAGACCAAAGGACGGCGAUUAAGAACAUGCUCUAAAACUUUGGCGGAUUUUUCAAAAACUUUUCUUUCCAGCCUCUGAAGCAGAUACAUGAAAUAAAAAGCAUUUGACAGUGGCUUUCAUUGUAUAUCAUUUGCCGUUUCCUUGAAAUUCUACACUUUAAAAUCUAUCUAAUCUAUUUCGCAGCAGGUCUUGAUGGGUUAAAUCAUUAAUGGACGCUUACUUGAAUUUGGGUGUACCAUAGGUUUCAGUCGCGAACGGGAUUCAAAGUGUUGAUUCCUCGUUUUCGACUCGCCAUCGUGUGCAUUUCAGAGUGUGCAGUAAAAGUGAAACCAAAUAAGCACAAAACUCAAAUCAAAUCUCCCUCGUGGGAUUUCAAUCAGGGAACGGGAAACAAUCAGAUGUAAAGCUGAAAAGCUUCGGAUCAAUUUCAUCCCUUUCUAGAGCUUUUCAGGGUUUUCUUUCUCUGGCCGAGUGGACAAUCGCAGAUUUCGCCCCCCCCUGUAGGAGAGACGACCUUUAGGAGCGUUUUUAGGGCUGAGCAAUAUUCAAGCCAGUGGGAAAGAGAAAUACAAAACUUAGGGAUCGGCUGCAUUUGCAAUCAAACUGACGUCCGUUUAUUUGAUUUAAUUCCAGGUGUAAAUGUCACGAGCACUGAUUCAAACCCUGUCGUGCUGAUACACGUAUGACAAAUCUCACGUUUUAAUCUCCUGUUCAAGUGCUUUCUUUCACCAAACUGCCAGUGGUACAUUUAGCCUCACAGUAAAAAAAUAGAUUGUGUAUAUUUCCGAAAAAGCAUUUUACAAACACACACACACACACACACACACACACACACGUGGCAGACAGUUAAGUGAUCUAAACGUGAUAGCUGCUACGUUAGCAUUUCGCAGCGACACAGCCAUUUGUAGUCUUUUGAGACUUUAAAUAAGAUGUUCAAAAAUUCUCAUUGGAUGUAUUCUUUCAGUCUGUUGUAGAUUCAUGAUAUGAACUUUUGAAGACACUGAUGGUUCUUUUCCUGCUUUAUGUUUUCUUCAGGGAGUAGUUAACAUCCGUGUUAAACAUGAAAUGUGUUGGCUGUCAUUCCGCCUUCGAGUGAAAAACAUUUCUUUAGACUUUACAAAAAACGCUCCAAAGCAGCUUCCCACAGCAUCAUCAUGGAAGUGAAACAGAUUAUCAGGUCCAGUGUGAAGGAUUAACAAAGGGGUCUAUCAGCAAUUUGAUUAUAAUAUUCAUAAUUGUUAGACCAGACCGAACAAAACAAUCUCAGAGGGUCUUCCGCAUCUUCUUUAUUUCAUAAGAUAUUCGGCCAAAUGUCCUAAUUUGGCAAGAGAGCGUGGUGAGGGUGUGGGAAGGGGGAAAAAAUGGUUAUCAAAAAGCUGUAGAUUCUCCUACACGUUCAGAAAGGGAGGUGUCUGUUGGAUGCCACUAAAUCCUACACACUGGUCCUUUAACCGACAGUAGCUGAACCAAAAGUUUGUUUCCUGCAAACACUGAUCGCUGAGCCAGUUCAGAUAUUGUGUUGCACUCUGGUCGUCAGUCCAAAGCUUUAAACCCAUUUAACUACUCCCUGUCCUUAUACUGAGAACACUUUGUUAGAUUUCUUUUGGAGAUAAUUUAUUCUAAUUUAUUUUGUGUAUAUUUGCUCAGUGCUACUGUAUAGAUGACUCUCAGUGUGUACAGUCCAAUUUUCUUCUCCUUGUUUAUGUGCAUUCGGUUGUGUAUUCAAUGCCUGUGUGUAGGGGAGGUCGGACUGAAAGCCACGUGCCUCGUGCGAGUCUCUCUUACAAAUCACGUGAUUAACAGACAAUCAAAUGUACAAAAUGUGCCUUGUGGAUAACAGACCCGCCCACAUCUUCAUCAUCCCCAUCAGCUUCAUCAACACUCGGCAGACAAUUACCCAAAAGUCACUGGUCACGGCUCUUGUUUCACUUGGGCUCUGUGAGAUCAACGUACGGUAGAGUUGGCACGAACAGUACGUUCGUUGUGCCUUUUAUACGAAAUAAAAAACAACAACAGCAACAACAUAAAUCUGUGUGAUUCCUCACAUCAGCUCACGAGGCACCGGCUCAACCUUUGACAUCUCUCAGCACGAACGGCAGGUCCUACCACGCAGAACCUUCUCGAUGCCGAGAGACGACUGUUUGCAAUCCCUGUGCACUGUAAAAAAACAAAUAUUUUUACCUGUAAACUGUAUUUUGCACCUCUCUCUUUCUACUCCUGUGCUGAACUUCCCUUCCCCACCUCUAGAAAAACUUAAAAUGCUGGAUCGGCCGAGUUUGUCUUGGGUUUUUCGUGCUUUAACAUCUACAAUCUAGUAGGGCUGCGGGUUUACAUUUGAAGGAGGAAUGAGCCACCGUUUUGUUUUUAUUUUGUACUCGAGCUGGGUUGGUGUCACUGCUGCAACCCGGACUCACGAGAAACAUUUAGUUAUAUACGUUCAGCCUUCAGUGUCUUUGCUAUCAAAUUUCUUCAAUCGUUUUUUUUUUUUUCAAAUAUCCAAGAACGAGUGCAUCUUAACUGUCAAGUGCUGUGAUUUGGUGUUUUUAUACAUUUGACACGAAUUUGACAGCUACUGUUGCCAUGUUUAUAAAAUUUUAUCAAAAACUUUUUCCAUGCUUUUUUGUAACAAGACGGAGAAAGAACUACAACACGACUCUUUUUGCUUUUCUAUGAUGGCUUUUUAUUAAGUGCUGUGGCAUUUUUUUCAGAUUUCGGAUAUUGCCAAUUCUGCUGUCACUCUCAGUUCAAGGGCUUUUUUCGAUAAAUGUAAAUGGAGUAAAAAUGCAUGUCCGACAUUCCUGGAAAAAAAAUGUUCUGUAUCCUUAAGGGUUUGAAUGUAAUUUAAUGGAGUGAAAAACCACAAUAUCUGUUUUUAAUACAUGGACUGAACAGUGGAACUUCUCUCAGACUCCUGUGCUGAGUUUGAGCGAAGGGGGUUUGUACUGUCCUCAAGGCGCUUUCUUUAAAUUCAGAGUGGUCUCAAGGAUUUCACAUUCAUGUGUUCUAUGAAGUGAGACCCAGUCCAGAUGUAGCAGUUCUUUUUCUUUUUCGUGAAAGCAUUGGCUGUGUCAUCUUUGGGACUGCUCUGUGUCAGCUGCACCGUUUCCAAACAGCGCAGGACGUGGAGCGAGGGAGGUUUCGGAGGCGGACCGGGGAUGUUUGUUCUUUUUUCUAGUGCAAUAUGCUGUACAUAAGAGCUUGGCUCUCCAAAUCUUACAACUUCUCUUAAGUUCUUUUGUUGUUCAAUGGGUACAUUGCUGUUUUUUUCAUUAAAACUUUAUGGACAAUUGAAA